UAGAAUAUAACAAAAGAUUUAACAUCCAACGCUUCCCUGUAAAACUGUAAUUUACACAAAUUUACUAUUCUUUCAUACAGACAAUCGAACAUGAUGAAAGGAGCAUGCUCUAUAACGAUCUUUGUUUUGGUUCAUGCAGUUUAUUGUCAGUUUGCAUCGUUUAAUUUGGUUUCCCAAAAUCCAAGUGCCAUCAGUAGUAACGAAGGUACCUUUUUGCCAUUGUCACCUCCCCAUUAUUCGGGCAAUGUAGCAGCUAAGAGUCCACCGUCUCCCCAUUUCAAAGUUCUCGAAGUGGCUUCGUACGAAAAUCAGCUGCACCCCUCACUGUUGAACCCGUUCUACAAAAAUCCCGAAAUUGCCAACCAACUUGCCGGGGAAUCCCUCAGAUUGAAUAAUGAAUUUCCCGUGUACAAUCGGGAUUCAGAACACAUUAGCCGUUCCGAAAUUGCCAAAAUUAUUCAUCAUUCUGGACUAGGACAAUAAAAUUUAUACCAAUGUAAAGUUGGAAAGGUUCACCUCAUUAUGUCUGAUAAAAUUUUAAAUCAGAGGAACCUUCUCAACCUUAGCUCAACAUUUAAGGAGUAAAAACAGAAGGCUAUAAAGCCAAUUGGUCUUUAGUUUCUGUAGGCACACACUUUCGAUCAUUAAUAAACUCAUAAAAAUUAUAGGUAAAAUGAGAUGAAAAUGAGACUGCUUUAAAUCUGACUAUUGUCUUGUACUUAAAAUUUACUGUUUUUAAUAAUUAAAUGUAAACUAUAAAAAAAUAAAAAAUACCUAUAUUUUCUAUAUGUUGAAGGGUGACUGUGAAGGCCGAAAAUUAGCAAAAUAAGUUACUUCAUCAGUUCAAAUAUUGUUGUGUUUACAGAAUGAUUCGAUAAAUAGUAAAAUAGAAACGAUAAGCAUAACGAGUGUUGCAAUUCCACAGUUAAGAGAGUAUCUACUUAU